UGAUGCACUUCUCUCUUCUGAUCAUGUAGUAUUGUGCGCAAGUGACGCCACCUCCAGCAGUCCACUGACCCCUUCGGAUCCGUCAGCAUCAAGCGAGGGAGCGACAGCACGUUUUGAGCAAAUCAUCAGUCAACUCCAUUGUCCUCGCUGCCAAGAGCUGCGUGCUCCGGGCGAUGCUGUCAAACGGGAUGAAAGAAAGCAACAAGACCACGCCCGUGACCUUGAUGGUCACCCAGAGUGAGAGAGCCGCUUUCAAAGAGAUGCUACACUUCCUGUACGCUGGCACCCUAUCACCCCAGCUCCAAGAGCCCAGCACCCCCAUGAGCAGCUUCGUCGACCUCCUCGUUGUGGCUGACAAGUUCGAGGUGCCCUCCCUCAUGGGUGCUAUCAUCAAGUACCUCAGAGCCUGCAACCUCGAUGUGGCUUCCGGCGUUGAGAUUCUUUCGCUGAUCCCGAAGGCGUUGGCGGACCGUCCGGGCUUCAAACACGUGGCUGACUUGGCACGUGCCUGCAUGUAACGAUUACGAC